AUGACGGACGAGAAGAAACUGGGGGGCACCGACGCGUUGGCGAGCCACGCGAUCUCUCCUCCCAGUGGAGCAACGCCACAGAAUCAUGGCUCAGUCCCUAAUACAACCUUGACGCAAAGGGAUAUCGAGGAGGAUAUAACCUAUUCGAAAGAUGUGCACUCCGAGAAGAGAGAAAUACCAGAGUCCAGUUCCUUGAACAGCAAUGGCCAGAAGAAGAACGAUAAAGACGAGGAAGCAGGUGAAAACUUCCCUUCGCGGUCAUGGCGCCGCUAUCGCCCUUGGUUGAAGCAUGUCGUCUACGCCGUCAUCUGGCUCUUGUUCACAGGCUGGUGGAUUGCCGGUCUCAUCCUCCAUCGGUAUGAUCUGGGGUGGUUGAUUCCAUUCUUGAUCUACCUCGCGAUCACCCUGCGCAUCAUCUUUCUCUAUGUUCCCGUCUCGAUCAUCACUAGACCAGUCUACUGGGUGUGGGGCCAGACUGCUUCGAGAUUCGUUAGCUUCAUUCCAGAAAAACUGAGAGUUCCCAGCGGUGCGCUGCUGACGAUCGCAGUGAUUGUCGUUGGCUCAUUUGCGUCACCGGAGUCUGCAGACAACACCCGAGCGAAUCGGGCUGUCAGUCUCUUUGGGCUAGUAGUUUUCCUCUUUGUUCUGUGGCUUACCUCGAGAAAUCGGAAGAAGAUUGUCUGGCAUACCGUCAUCGUGGGAAUGCUUGUACAGUUCAUCAUAGCCCUCUUCGUCCUCAGAACCAAGGCUGGCUACGAUAUCUUCAAUUUCAUUUCUAUGUUGGCAAGAGAGCUCCUGGAGUUUUCCAGGAAAGGUGUGGACUUUUUGGUGGAAAAGGGUUGGGCGAUUAACCACAAGAGCUGGUUCCUUGUUAGUGUGGUUCCGGCCAUCAUCUUCUUCGUGUCUAUAGUGCAGUUACUGUACUACACGGGUGUUCUCCAGUGGGCAGUGGGCAAGUUUGCCGUAUUCUUCUUCUGGUGUAUGCGCAUCUCGGGAGCUGAGGCAGUGGUAGCAGCUGCUUCUCCCUUCAUCGGACAAGGCGAGUCAGCCAUGCUUAUCAAACCUUUCGUCCCCUAUCUCACGAUGGCCGAAAUCCACCAAGUCAUGUGCUCUGGGUUUGCCACCAUCGCAGGAUCAGUUUUAGUGUCCUACAUUGGCAUGGGUCUGAAUCCCCAAGCGCUGGUUUCAUCAUGUGUGAUGAGUAUUCCAGCAUCCGUGGCGGCAUCUAAGCUACGCUGGCCUGAGGAAGAGGAAACGCUGACGGCUGGCCGUAUCGUUGUUCCCGAAGACGACAGUCAUAAAGCAGCUAACGCCCUUCACGCGUUCUCCAAUGGAGCUUGGAUGGGUAUCAAAAUUGCAGGCAUGAUUGCAACCACACUUUUGUGUAUCAUCUCUCUUGUUGGUCUCGUGAACGGCCUGUUGACCUGGUGGGGCCACUAUCUGAACAUCUACGAACCAGAUUUGACCAUUGAACUCAUUGUUGGUUACCUCUGCUACCCGAUCGCUUUCCUUUUGGGUGUCUCCCGUAACGGUGAUCUUCUCAAGGUCGCCAAACUCAUUGGAACCAAGCUUGUGAUGAAUGAAUUCAUCGCAUAUGAUUCUCUCCUGCACGAGCAAGAGUACCAAUCCCUAUCGCCUCGUUCCCGACUGAUUGCAACCUAUGCCCUUUGCGGUUUCGCUAACAUCGGCUCUCUCGGAAACCAAAUUGGGGUGCUGGCUCAGCUAGCACCCAGCCGAGCUGGCGAUGUCUCUCGCGUUGCCGUUAGUGCCAUGCUCACGGGUGCCAUCAGUACUCUCACGAGUGCCGCCAUUGCAGGCCUCCUGAUCACCAACGAGGAACAAUACCUCUCCUCAUCCUAAAGCAAUGCGGGGACAUUGGACCUGAGGAAAGUUGUGCUCUCUGAAAUGUACUAUCUAAUUGCUAGUGUUCUUGAUUUCCUUCGAUUUGCGCUAUUUCCUAUCUCGAAACUGAAGUAUUUCUAUACUUGUAUUCAUCUACACGAGACCAGGUGCUCAGGAUCUCUACUCUUCUAUGAGACUAUGACCCUAAUCAGGGCUUCCUGACCAUUGCUCUGUGAGCAGUAAAUACUACACGAAAUUUCUGAUUUACUUUUCACUAUCUUUGUAUUCAAAUUUGGUGAUGUCAUCGACUCAGACAUGCCUACAUAGAUACCUGGCAAUACGCCUCUCCAUUACUACUUUGACUGGGCUGGGA